AAACAGUGGCACAAUGGGGUUCACAUUGAGCUUUGCCACAUCCCCAUCUGACUAGCAGCCAUUCAUCAGGCUGGCCGGCCUAUCAAUGACAUUUCUCCCAUCAGGGCUCCUAUAAAAUGACGCUUUUUCCCAUGAAACAUCCGCAAACAUUUUGACGGCUCUGGCGUUGCCCUGCUGGAUUUACUGAGGAUCUCUCCCUCUCUCUCUUCUCCUCUCCCCUUCCUUCUCUCUUUCUCUAUCUCCCCCCCCACCCUUUUCCCCUCUAACCUUCCCCCCAACCUCUUACACACAGAGACAAACUUCCUUCUCUCCCGCUCUCUCUUUCUUCAGUCCGCAUCUCUGAGGAAGGGGGAACUCCAAAACCUCAGGACUUUUGGGGGCUUCUGCACUGUCCAUGGGAACAGCAUGCAUUGUGGGUUGCUGGAGGAGCCUGACAUGGAUUCCACAGAGAGUUGGAUUGAAAGAUGUCUCAGCGAAAGUGAAAACAAACGCUAUUCCAGUCACACUUCUUUGGGAAAUGUUUCUAAUGAUGAAAAUGAAGAAAAAGAGAAUAACAGAGCAUCUAAACCACAUUCUACUCCAGCUACUCUGCAAUGGCUGGAGGAAAACUAUGAGAUUGCAGAAGGAGUUUGCAUUCCUCGAAGCGCCCUCUACAUGCACUAUUUGGACUUCUGUGAGAAAAAUGACACACAGCCUGUUAAUGCUGCCAGUUUUGGAAAGAUAAUAAGGCAACAAUUUCCACAAUUAACAACAAGGCGACUUGGAACCAGAGGCCAGUCAAAGUACCACUACUAUGGCAUUGCAGUAAAAGAAAGCUCUCAGUAUUAUGACGUGAUGUAUUCUAAGAAAGGAGCUGCCUGGGUCAAUGAAACAGGAAAAAAAGAAGUAACCAAACAGACAGUGGCGUAUUCACCACGCUCCAAACUGGGGACAUUGCUGCCAGAGUUUCCAAAUGUCAAAGAUCUAAAUCUGCCAGCCAGCUUGCCAGAGGAGAAGGUUUCUACAUUUAUUAUGAUGUACAGAACACACUGUCAGAGGAUACUUGACACUGUAAUAAGAGCCAACUUUGAUGAGGUUCAAAGUUUUCUUCUGCACUUUUGGCAAGGGAUGCCACCUCACAUGCUUCCUGUACUGGGUUCUUCCACAGUAGUAAAUAUAGUUGGAGUUUGUGAUUCGAUCUUGUAUAAAGCUAUUUCUGGGGUCCUGAUGCCCACAGUAUUGCAAGCGUUGCCUGACAGUUUGACACAGGUGAUCCGCAAGUUUGCCAAACAGCUAGAUGAAUGGCUAAAAGUAGCUCUCCAUGACUUGCCAGAAAACCUACGAAAUAUCAAGUUCGAGCUAUCCAGAAGAUUUUCACAAAUUCUUCGGAGGCAGACAUCCUUAAAUCAUCUUUGCCAGGCAUCUAGAACUGUCAUCCACAGCGCAGACAUUACAUUCCAAAUGCUGGAAGACUGGAGGAAUGUGGACCUUAAUAGCAUUACCAAACAAACGCUCUACACCAUGGAGGAUUCUCGGGAGGAGCACAGAAAACUCAUAAUACAACUUUAUCAGGAGUUUGAUCAUCUUCUGGAAGAACAAUCACCUAUUGAAUCGUAUGUAGAAUGGCUGGAUUCCAUGGUGGACAGAUGUGUUGUGAAGGUAGCUGCUAAGAGACAAGGCUCUUUGAAGAAAGUAGCACAGCAGUUUCUCUUGAUGUGGUCUUGUUUUGGCACAAGAGUUAUUCGUGAUAUGACUUUGCACAGUGCCCCUAGUUUUGGCUCUUUUCAUCUUAUUCAUCUGAUGUUUGAUGAUUAUGUAUUAUACCUGUUAGAAUCACUUCAUUGUCACGAACGAGCCAAUGAACUGAUGAGGGCAAUGAAAGGAGAAGGAGAGACAGUAGAAGUGGGAGAAGAGAUAAUACUGACAGAACCCGUUCCUCCAACUCCCUCCCCAGUGCCUUUCUCUCCAGCUAAAUCCGCUACCUCAGUGGAUAUGCCAUCUGCACCUUCGCCUGUAAGCAAUCAGUCCCCAGAGUAUAUUGGCAUAGCAACUACAACAGGGGCUAUGCAGUCUUAUACGUGGUCUCUCACAUAUACAGUGACCACAGCCGCUGGAUCACCUGCUGAAAACUCACAACAGCUGUCUUGCGUGCGAACUCCUCAUGUUACUCCAUCUGUUACUCACAGGAUACCUGUUUAUCCCCACAGAGAAGAUGGGUAUAGCAGUAGCUACAACUAUGGUAGUUAUGGAAACCAACACCCCCACCCAAUGCAGAGUCAGUAUCCAUCUUUACCACAUGACACAACUAUUUCUGGACCUCUUCAUUACUCCGCCUAUCACAGAAGCUCUUCACAGUAUCCUUUCAAUAGUCCAUCAUCACGGAUGGAGCCCUGCUUGAUGAGCAGCACCCCAAGACUGCAUCCAACUCCAGUAGCUCCUCGCUGGGCAGAAGUACCUUCAGCAAACGCUUGCUACUCAAGCCCACCCAUGCACUCCACAAGAUAUGGGAAUUCCGGUGAUAUGUACACACCAUUGACCACACGGAGAAAUUCCGAAUAUGAGCACAUGCAACACUUUCCUGGCUUUGCCUACAUCAAUGGGGAAGCCACCACUGGAUGGGCAAAGUGAAAACGAUCAGUUGUAGUAUCAACCAUAUAUAUUUAAUAAAGACACAAAAACUUUUAUGCCUGGAUAAGUGCAGAUGAUUUGAACUUUUAAGAGGGCAUUUUUAACAAACAGGAAAAUGGAAAAGAUCAUGGACAAUAACUAUAAGCACAUUAUACACCAGUGUGAUGGUUCUGUCAACCAAGCAAAGUUUUACUGCUGCUAUAAAGCAUUGUUGUAUAGGCCAAAGUGUGCCUUUUUAUUUUUUGUGUUUCUUUAAGAUUUCAUGAGAUUGGCCUAGGACUAAGUUAGGUGCCCUCCCGCUAAUCAUCAUCACCAUUACAUUUGAACAGAUCUUUUCAAGGGAAAACAUGUCAAGGUGCAAUCCUCCACUCGCUACUGCACGUCAGACCACACGACCCCAAAGAUUACUUUCCUUUCCCAGUUUAUAGUGUUUAUGAUUCCAAAAUUAUACCACGUAAUUCACAAAUUAGUAUGCAAGUCUAGAGUUCAGUAUCCUGGAAACUUCACCUUACCUUUUUAAACAGUGUCUAGCCCUCACAGCUAGGAAGGUGGGUCAAGAAGUGUGUGGGGCAUGAUAGUGAAGUCACAGAGGCAGGGAAGAGAAUUCCCCAUGGCUACAGAACAGGGCUUCAACAACUUGUAAAAUGUUUUGCUAUUCACCGUAACCAGCAGCUAAUAUAAUGUAGUGUUGGAAAGGACUGUGAAUUGGAAGGACCUUGGACAAAAUAUCAGCUCUGAAUUCAGUGAGAGGUAGAGGUCAUUACAGCAGACACAAUGUGCCAGAAAUGACUUGUCUUUCUGUAAAGUGUGUGUUUGUGUGGGGGAUUUUUGCCCCAGGAGAAAAAUAGCUGGGGUGAUGCAGUUUGAGGGGGAGAGUAUAGAUAAAGCAAGGAAAGUACCAGUGCCAUAACUAAGUCAAUUCCCCAGCCCAAUUGUAUAGCAUGUAAAAUCCACAUUCUGACACAUAGGUUAUGUGUACUUUGUCCUGAAAUAGUGCUAGACUUGGUCUAAACAAUACACUUACCAUGGACAUAUUUUCUGUUUUCAUGUGACAUAUUUAUUUGUACAGCUUAUCAGAUUCACUUAGGGUGCUGAGUUAGCUUGCUAUUUCAUAAAUCCACCUCAAAAACUCUAUAAUAAUUUGACAUAAUCUUUUUUAGCCUUUUAGCCUCUUGCAUUAUGCUAAUAGUGGUGAGGAUGUAUUAGCCAUUGUGCUCUGAUUCCAAAUGUCUGAAAGACUGGAGAUGGUGUCCUUUUGGUUCUCCAAAGUUCUGGCUUUGCAUACAGCUUCCAUGAGAAAGCUAGCAAUGUCUCACGGGAUAUAAACCUUGAAUGCUUAGGGAGGAGAAGGGUAAAAUACAUUAUAAUGUAAGUGUUUUAAAAAAUCUCUUACACAAAGCAAUGCAUAUUAUUGUCUGUAGUGAGUGGCAUCUUUAGCAAGCACAUCCCAUACAAUGCAUCAUCAACUGGAAAUGUGGUCAAAUGUAUCGUUUAAGCCAGGAGUUGGGACCAAACCAGAUGUUCAGGUUUUUAAAGAGUUGGUCAGGGUUCCCUGCACCCAGCUCAGGUUUCCCACAGCCUCACAGCAGCUGUGUGAAAUGGCUUUAAAAAAAAUAAAGGAUAGCCCAUUUGGGUUUGGAUCUCAAUUCCAGGAAAAGGAAGGGCUCUUGCCCCCAAAUCUAUUUUUCAUGCUAAAAUAGCACUUUGGGUGGUAUUUCAAUGUGGGGAAAUGGCUUGUGGGAGAGAGAAGGCAGGAAACCUUUCUCUCCCUAUAGUGGUUAUCCAAGCCCAAAUGUGUUUUCUUUUGUAUUGUCGAAGGCUUUCAUGGCCGGAUUCAACUGGUUGUUGUGGGUUUUCUGGGCUGUGUGGCCAUGAUCUGGUAGAUCUACCAGACCAUGGCCACACAGACCUGGAAAACCCACAACAACCAGUGUUUUCUUUCGUUUUUAAAAAUAUAUUCCUCAAAGUUGCUUUGUGGCUGCAGGCAACCCAAGUUGGAGACAGGAAACCCAAAUCCAACUCUUAAAAAACCCACAUAAUAAAUACCCACAUGGUAUUUAGGCAAGCUAUUAUAAGCUGAUCAGGAUAAAGUUGACAGGAGAGUUGUGAAUUCAUCCACCAUUUCCUGGAUCGUCUUUGUUCUAGAAUGCUCCACUUGGGUCCUAGUGCCUACCUAGUUUUAUCCCGCAAAGGCAUUAGAACCCAAGCAGAGCAUUCUACAACAAAGACGGUCCAGGAAAUGGCGGAUAAAUUCACAAAUCUCUUGCUAUCUUUAUUCUGAACAGGGUAUAGCAAGCACAUCCUCAUACUGACAUUAUUUGCUGUUUGUAAGGACUGCUGUGAAUGUUAAUUGCUUGAAUACUUCAUUAUAUAAACACUAGGUAUUAUUAAUAUUCAGAAUAUUCAGAAUAUUCGUAAUUUACAUGAGUCCCAAUUGCAGAAUUCUUGGCCCGGAAUUUUGAUAUUUUUUAGUACAAAGUACACAAAGUUCUAACAAUGGCAUACCCCAAACCAAGAACAUUUGAAAAUCAUCUGGGAUCCCUGCAUAUUCACAAAAUGAAACAACACAAGUCAAGCCAAGCCAUAUAAUGCAUGAAAAAGCAAUCCAUUCACUACGUCACUAAUCAAUGUGAGCUGAUCCAGUCAAAUGCCUGCUUGUUUAGCUCAGAACAGUUUUUGGAAAGCAAAAAGAUAGCAGACUUUCAUUUCCCUUUCUCGUUCUUUGAAUUUGGUCACAUGGUAUGCUAGUUUUAGUAUGUUUUUAUUUGAAAAAUCCUAAAUGGUCUUUUGGGUUAUGAGCUGAGGGAAGAAAUUCAGUCCCUAUUUUUAACUGAAGGCAAAUGAAGCAACACAGUUCUCCUUUGCAUUCUUUAACUAUUCCUGUAGCUCCUUGAAGAUGCUUUUGCUUGGUUAUCAUCGUCUUCUCCUCGAGACAUGCGAUCGUAUCAUAGGCUUCAUUUUACACAUAACUUUGUAUCACCACGCACCUUUUUAUUGAUAAGUGUUCCUUUCUCAAGGGAAGACAUGUAGCAUAAAAUGACACGCUGCUUCAUUGGCUGUUAUAUUAUUUGCAUUCAUACAGCUAUAUAGUUAUUAAAGGUUGUGGAUCUAUGAUAAUAGAUAAUGCAAUCCUUUAUUUUCUACUCAAGUGGAGCCAGAAUAGGCCUUUCCUCUAGAGCGGCUACAGCACGCUACUUGGACAUGCAGUAUCAUCCAGGCUAUUGAUUCUAAAGGGACAUCCUUCCAUACCUCUUCAAAGAAUAUCCAACAGCUUAUCCUUCCCCAGGUGUGAUCGCACUGCUUUUCCAAGUCCCUGUGUGCAAUUACAUUGCCUGUACAUUGGGAGCUAGAGAAGAGCAAGCUGCUGGAUGCUUAUAUGGAGGUGCAGAAGAAACCUAUGUUAGAAGGAGCAGUCUAACCCUGGUGAUCUUGGUAAGCUGAAGCAUAACUGGCCCCAUGCAGCAGGGACAAGAUCCAUGCAGCCUCUUAUGGGGUAGCACUUUACCCGUCUCUGUGUGAAAAAAGUUGGAUUGUAUCCAUUGUUGACAUGUUAAAUCUUCUACAGUGAAAGGACUAUAACAAGGGUUACAAUGCAAAAAAUAUAUAUAUUAAGUUCUCCUGUUAGAUGUAUAGCUUGAUACGAAAAAUGAUCAUCUGGUCCUUUGCUAGGAUAAUUCCAUGCAUAAAACUGAAAGCUGUGCCUUUGGAUCUAUUUUGUGUAAUGUACGUGUGGGAAGAAAUGUAUUGUAUUUUUGGGAGACUUUUCCAGUGGUAUUUUUGGUCAGAUGCAUAGCUCUUUGUGAAUUUUUUUUUGGUAGAAAAUUAUUAACAUAGGAUGGGUUUUUGUUUGUUUGUUCAGUUUCUGUAUAAUAAAAAAGCACCAAGCAAUUAUGAUGGACUUAUUACCCUAUGGGUAAGAAAUAAUGACAUGGUAAUAUGACAUCAGGCAUUUUAUUAAUUGUUCUGUAAAUAAAAUAUUUGGUAGCACUCGACGGUGGUGAUAACCGUGUUAAUGGCUAAAAUGGAACUGUGUUAUUUGUACAGUCACCCAAGAUAUAUGAAGGACUUUCUCACUUAAAUAAAAAAUUGAAAUCAA